AUGCCUACUCGCCGUGACAUGUCUGACUAUCUGAUCGACCACGGGAUCGGUGGCGCGGACCUUGUUCCACUUGCGAGCUUAAUCCAACGACGAGACACGGGUGGUGAUGGGGCUGAGAUCCUAUCAAGCUCCGGCGACAUCUUGGGAAGCGAUGAGUGGUCGACUACCGUAGAUUGA